AUGGCAUGGGGAAUUUUCUUCACAGGCCGAGAGACACCGCGCCGCCUCCGCCGCCGGCCGUGCCCGCCUGCUUCUGAGGUACUUCACCAUGCUGGCGGCGUUUGGCGCUCCCUCUCUCUCUCUCUUUCGUUUUUUUUUUCUUCUCGUCCAUGGUUCCAUUCUGUGUUACAACGCUCGGUUGGGGGUUAGCUGUGGGUUCACUGGGUUGGGUGUCGCUGCACGGCCUGCUCACUUCAGCCAGAUGGGCGGCUUCGGGAGGAAAGGCGACAGGGAACGGACAGGGAGGCAGGGGAUGGCAGGCCGAGCUAGCGGUGCACGCUGCAUGGUGCCAUGGUGGUAAUGGGUGGUGGAGGUGGAGGAGAGGAGCACAAGAGCACAGGAUGAGGGCUGCAAAGAGGAGGGGAAUAGAGGAUGGAGGGGACAGGGUGACAGUGCAC